UCUCGUGGACAUUUACUUAUCAACAGCGUGGACACAAUAGAUAGACAGAGACGAGCUACAUUUGACUCUAUGCUCCAGAUCUUCGAUUUCUUCGAGUAGUAACGUCUGUUUGGGGGUUGCUCGUAAUUCAGAAACAGACGGAGGACUAUCAUAACAACAACACCGGCGCGCAGCACAACAGCUCCCGGAGAAGCACGGGUUUGAUAUGAGAUGACGGCAGACUGCUUUGGCUGUUUGAAGUGGUGUCCCUGUGGGCUACUCAGUGCUGAAAGGACAGGAGCAGAACCCGACAGUUACAGAUAGACCGGUCUUUGGCUUCAGAUCAUCUGUUGUGCUCAGCGGCCUCCUGGUUGUCCAUCAGGAUGGUGCAUUCAGCGUCACUCUGCGCCUGUCUGUCUCUUCUGACUGUCCUCAGCUGUCAUUCUCAUGUGCUCCCCCGACUCUCUUUUCCAAUGGGUAGUCCAGGACGUUCCCUCAAUAUCUUCACAAACCCUGAUGUGUACAACACCACCACGCUGUUGCUUAGCAACGAUGAGGGCACUUUAUUCAUCGGAGCUCGUGAUUCCGUUCUUUCAAUCGAUGUCAGUCAGACUGAUGCGAUGGCCAUGAAGGAGAAGCUGGACUGGUCUCCGUCAGAAAAAGAUCUUGCUGACUGUGCCAUGAAAGGCAAAAUGAAGAUGGAUUGUCAUAACUUCGUGAGGGUUUUGCAAGUGCUGAACUCCACCCAUAUGUACGCCUGUGGAACGUUUGCCUUCAGCCCCCGCUGCAUCUACAUCAAUUCAAAGACAUUUUCCAUGGCUACAGGCCCCAGCGGUAAGCCAGAAGAAGGCAGAGGCCGCUGUCCUUAUGACCCGUACCAGAAGAGCACCGCCAUAACCUGUGGCCUCCAUAAUGCGUCGGACAACGCUCUGCGCUUUGUUAAGGACAACUUCCUGACUGAUAAAAGUGUUCGACCGGUCAUUCAGGGCCUGACACUGGUGUCACCUGAUAAGAGCUACAGCAACAUCGCAGUUCAGCGAGUCCGUGGAGCACGCGGCAGAGAUUACACUCUGCUUUACCUGCUCACGGAGUCGGGCUUCCUGCACAAAGCUGUGCUCUUGGAGAACGGAGCUCACAUCAUUGAGGAGAUCCAAGUGUUUCAUCAGCCUCAGCCGGUCAAAAACCUCCUUCUGUCAGUCUCAAAGGGUGCAGUGCUGAUAGGCUCUUCAGAAGGAGUCGUUUCCGUGCCCAUGUCCAACUGUUCAUACUACUUGAGCUGUGCUGAGUGUGUUUUAGCCAGAGACCCCUUCUGUGGCUGGGACCCUGUGAUGAAGCUCUGCACAGACAUACACAGUCACGACCAUCUUGUCCAGGAUGUAGAUGAGGGGAAUGUGUCAGCGCAGUGUACGUAUGUGACCCCCAGGUCACGCUCCGGCCAGUCCCGAACCCCUUCAAGUGAAGUGGUGUCUGUGUCUCUAAACGAAGUAGUGGACCUGCAGUGUCCGGGAGCGUCACACCUCGCCAAACGCCACUGGGAGCGUCUCAACACCCAGCUGUCGCCCAAAAUCUACAUUCAGUCAGACGACGGCGGCCUCAGCUUUGUGGCGACCCCGUCCACCCUGGGACACUACCUGUGCCAGGCUGUGGAGAACGGCUACAGCCAAACACUGGUCGUCUACCACGUCAAACAGAAGAGCAGCCCCACCAUCCUCCCAGCCACCCCGAACCGCCCACACAGCACCCCGUCCACCGAGGCGGGAAUUAAAACCCCCGUCUCCACUACCAGACUCAUAACACCUGAACAAACAGAGCCGAGGCCUAAACCAGACGAAGUGCAUCCUACAGUCACACUCAAAGACUCGCCGGCGGCCACCACUCGCAAAAGCAGGAACUUUACUCCCAAGCUUGGCACAGAAAAGGAAGACUCCCGAAUGACCGAGCCUGGUGAAAACCUCCAGCAAGCGGAAAAGCCCAGCUACUUUCAGGAGCUUGUAGUGGUGUCCGUUCUGUUAGCUCUGUGCGUCAGCGCCUUGCUAACCAUCGCUCUUAACAGAUUCAGGCAUCUUUGUCGUAGCAGGACGGUCCCGCAAACUCCUUCCUCUCGCAGGGACGCCGAGAAGGGCGGAAGUGCGACGCCCCAGGAGAGAGAGUCUCUCAGAGGAAACUCGCCUCGUUUGGAAAAGCGGAACGGACAAGCUCCUAACAGACAGUCCCACAAUGGUCAGGCACAUAACGGCAAAUCUCCCAUCACACUGAGCAACAGCAUGCUGAACAACUCAAACGGUCACCUGCCCAACACACCCAUCUGAUGCACUCCUCUAGUUUUCUGGGUUCACGAUAAACCUCUUUUCUGAGCCAAACGGGGCUUCUGCUGUAUCGAGCCCUGUCGCUGAACCACUUUGCUUUCCGAGAGGAAAAAAACUGGUAAAAACGGCACACCGGACCUUUUUUUUUGAGCUGUAAGACUCAAAGAUCUUCAACUCUAGGUACUACAGUAGUGUACAUUUUUCAGUUUGUUCAUAUUUAUGCUGUAAUUUAUGUGACGACUGUUUGUUUCAGUCUAAAGUGUAUCAGAUUUUAUGCCUCUCUAAAAUCACAUAUAAACGUAGAUGGUCAGUUUAAGAUUUUCAUUGAUCUCUUCAACCUUUUUAAUUGACAUCAGAAGCUGUUCAGUCAGCUCAGUUUAAAAUACACUUUUUAAAUAAUUUUAUAUUACAUAUUUUGAUGAACCUUAAAAGUAAAAUGUAAUAAAGUUUCCUAAGAGAGGCAGCUGAUCAUCUGCUAAUUUCAACUUCAAAGACUUGCUUGAAUUUUCAUAUUUUCCAUUCUGAUCAAAUGUUCAGUUUCCUGUACUCUGUCUGCAUUGUUCAGAGUUGCUAUAUCGCACAUCUUUUUUUAGUCUUUGCCUUUGUUCCUUGUUCUUAUCUAUUUCCAAUUUUUGAAUGUUAAAUACGAGGUAUGUCUGUUUAACUUGAUUUUUUUCCCCCUUUCAGUUCACCCAAAAAUUGCAAUUUUGU